AUUGGCCCCCGUAACCCAAAACAAACAGCAGCAGAACGGAUUGAAACUCAAACUCUGCGUUCGAUUCCGUUCCCUUUGUCUUCUUCCUUCUCUCUGUAACGUAUUUCUGUUCGUCUGAGUACCUUAUCUUCUUUGAACAGAGGAAACACCAAAGCCUUCUCAGUUUUCCUCUGUUCAAAGUUCAGAUCUCAACAAAAAUGAAAAAGGACCGAGCAACUUUGGUCUGGCGAGACAUUCCUGGUCUCGAACCGACAAGAAUCGAAGACCAUUGGCCACACAAAUGGCUUGGUACUAGCAAUGAUAGUGUUAGUUUCCGUAGUGGUAAUUUUGCUUGUGUUUCGUUGGCGGAGAAGAAAGAGUUGGUGGCGCAGCCAACAACCGCGCAGCUCCUGAAGCAUCCAUUAGCUUUGGUUGCUUUGGUUCCUAAAGAUGCGGCGCUGUUCGCCGCCGGCGCAAUUGCCGGUGCCGCUGCAAAGUCCGUCACUGCGCCUCUCGACCGUAUUAAGCUUCUAAUGCAGACUCAUGGAUUGAGAGCUGGGCAAGAAAGUGCUAAGAAGAGUAUUGGGUUCAUUGAGGCAAUUACGUUGAUAGGAAAGGAAGAAGGAAUUAAAGGGUACUGGAAGGGCAACCUUCCUCAGGUCAUACGCAUAAUACCCUAUAGUGCCGUCCAGCUGUUUGCUUAUGAAACCUACAAGAAACUUUUUAGGGGAAAGGAUGGUGAGCUCUCUGUUAUUGGAAGACUAGCAGCAGGUGCUUGUGCUGGCAUGACUUCAACUUUGGUUACAUACCCGCUAGAUGUCCUCAGAUUACGGUUGGCUGUUGAACCCGGGUACCGCACAAUGACAGAGGUUGCCUUAAACAUGCUGAGAGAGGAAGGAGUUGCAUCCUUCUAUAAUGGUCUUGGACCAUCUCUUAUUGGAAUAGCUCCUUACAUAGCUGUGAACUUUUGUGUAUUUGACUUGGUGAAGAAAUCUUUGCCAGAGAAGUAUCAAAAGAGGACUGAAACAUCCCUAUUAACAGCUUUGGUGUCAGCUACUAUUGCCACAGUCACGUGCUAUCCUCUGGACACAGUCAGAAGGCAAAUGCAGAUGAAGGGUACACCUUACAAGACAAUUUUGGAUGCCUUUCCAGGCAUUGUGGCACAUGAUGGUUUAGUUGGAUUGUACAGGGGUUUUGUGCCCAAUGCAUUGAAGACUCUGCCAAAUAGCAGCAUUAGGCUUACAACCUUUGACAGUGUUAAGCGUCUGAUUGCUGCUGGUGAGAAAGAGUUUCAAAGAAUCAUGGAUGAAAAUCGCAAGAAACAAAAGCAGACUGCUACUGAAUAGGGAUUGUGUGACCGACCUAGAUUUUUUUGCUCAUAAAUCGUAAAACGAUCUUUUCUUGCCAAUUCUUUGCAUAUCUCGUGCAAAAGUAUCUCUUACCUUUUCAUGGGAGUCAUGUCCUGCCAAAAUAAUUGUAGGAUGUGUGAGAGUACUUGAGCUUUAAGUGAUCUGAUCCAGCCUCUCAUUUUGUAGUGCAAUCAGUUGUACAAGUCUGAGAAUACACAGUUAGUAGUGAACUUGGCAUAUCUUUCCAGUUAUUGUAAUAUAUUCUAUAUUGCAGAAACAGGUGAAGAGUGAAGUGAUGAUUAUACAGUGGGCGGACUUGCCUGAACUUGGGCUACGAGAUAUGCUUAUGGCUGGGGUUAGGCUGUGCACGCUUGGCCCCAGGUUGGCUAUACCUGGUCUGACAUAAAAUGUUGCUCAGUCCAAGCUCGCUUCAACCUAGGCUAUGGCCACCUCUAUAUU